UUUAUUUGACGUUUGUGGUGACAGGAAAUGGAAAAAUCAUGAAAUGUUUUUAUUUAUUUCGCAGUUGUGGUUUUAGCCGUUUGUGUAGUGUAGAAUAUUUGUGGCUAAGGUCGUACGGCGCCCGGCGGGUUGUUCAAGGUCAAUAAUUGUCUGAAAAAUUAAUACUAGUUCUUGGUAUUCCGGAAUUAGGUCAACAGAUCUUAACAUCAAACAAAAUGGGAAGUUCCUACUCCAGGUCGUAUUCACCAAAUUGUGGCCCAGCAAAAAGUGAACCCGAAAACCGUGGAACUAUAUCGCGCACUGAUUCAACUUGUGAAUAUGUUGAGUCUGUGGUGUGUAAAGAGAAUGAUCUCAAAGAAAAUGAGAUGAAAGUGUUUGAACUUGGAGAAGAAGGGAAAGUGUUAGUUGUCAAACAGAAUGGAGAAUUUAGUGCUGUAGGCACUAAGUGUACUCAUUACGGAGCCCCAUUGGUGUCUGGGGCCUUAGGUGACGGUAGAAUAAGAUGCCCCUGGCACGGAGCAUGCUUCAAUUUAAAAACAGGAGACAUUGAGGACUUCCCUGGAUUUGAUUCUCUGCCUUGCUAUCAAGUCACUGUAUCUGAAAAAGGAGAAGUUAAGGUUAGAGCUAAACUUAGCGACUUGAAGUCCAACAAACGAAUAAAAGAUAUGGGAUUGACGUCAUCGCUUGAUGAGUCAUCCGUCGUGAUCGUCGGCGGCGGCCCGUCGGGCGCGACCUGCGCAGAGACGCUUCGGAGCGAAGGCUUCACUGGACGAAUUACUGUAGUCGCUAAGGAGAACUACUUACCAUACGACAGAAUAAAGGUAUCGAAGAUCGGCACGGUGACUGACAUAGAUAAACUGCAGGCCAGAUCUCAGCAGUACUAUCAAGACGCAAACAUAAAUGUUAUAAAAGGAGUCGAAGUGACCAAACUGAACGCAGACAGCAAAUCCGUAGAAUUAAGCGACGGCUCGAAAUUAUCAUUUAGUUCGUUGUAUCUCGCUACCGGUUCAAAGCCGCGCGUACCUGAUAUACCAGGCGUAGAUUUAAAAAACAUAUUUACAGUUCGAAACUUCGAUGACUCUAUUAACAUUCUUAAAACGUUGGGUACAGAAAAAGAUAAAGAUGUUGUGGUCUUAGGCUUGAGUUUUAUUGGUUUGGAGACUGCUUCCUCGUGCGUCUCGAAAGCCAAAUCUAUGACUGUAGUGGGCAAAGACGUCGCGCCUCUCGGUCAAAUAUUCGGUAAAGAAAUAGGUCAGAGUCUCCAAAAAUUAUUCCAAGAUAAUGGAGUUUCGUUCUAUUUUGAAACCACUAUUGUGAAAUGUAAUGGUGAAAAUGGCGUAAUUAAAUCUGUAGAAUUGACCAACGGUACAACACUUCCUGCUGAUAUGUUAAUUUUGGGUGUGGGAACCACAUUCUACACAGAAUUUCUCAGAGAUAGUGGUAUCACAUUAAAACCAAACGGUGCGGUUGUAGUCACUGAUAAGUUGGAAACUAAUAUCAAAAACAUAUACGCCGGUGGCGAUAUUGCUUUCGCUCCAGUUUACGCUUUAGAUAAUGAACCUAUGUCUAUUGGACAUAUAGGCUUAGCCCAAUACCAUGGUCAAGUCGCAGCUAAGAAUAUUCUAAAGAAAGAAACACCUCUCAAAACUGUCCCAUUUUUCUGGACAAUGGUAUUUGGCAAGUCAAUUCGUUAUGCUGGAUGUGGUAAACCUGUCAGUUUCCAAAUUGAAGGGGAUAUCUCAUCAUUAAAAUUUGUUAUAUUUUUCUUUAAUGAGGCUGAAAAAGUAAUUUCGGUUGCGUCAUGUAUGAGAGAUCCUGUCGUGUCACAAUUUGCGGAACUGCUUUAUCAGGGUAAACCACUGUACAAAAAAGAUCUGAAAGAUGAUCCAUUUGCUUGGAUUAAAAAUAUAAAUUAGUUUAUAAUAUAUUUUAUAUUAAACCAGUAUUAAUAUUUGUACGAAAAUCUCGUUCUUGAUAUUUAUGAAGCAUUUACGAUAGUUUACGUUGGAGAUUAAUGGAUAUAUAACGAAUAUUUAUUCUGAUAUAAAAUUCAUGCAGUUCAGUUUGGCUUGUUGUUAGAUUUUAUAGAUAAAAUUUGUUAUUAUAAAAUGAAUAAUUUUAUCAAAACUACCUGUCUGAAACCGAAUAGGUAUACAGCCUAAAUAAAAUCUCAAAUUAUGACGCUUUUUUAUCACUGUAUGGUAAUGUUAGGAUAUUUUUAUUUACUUAUCACUUGCAUUUGCCACUUGGGUUUGGGCUCAUCAAUUUAAGCCCAUACCUGUAUCUAUUGUUAUUUCUGCAAGAAAAUCUUAUUGUUUGAUAUCUCUUCAUUUUAUUAAUAUUAGAAGCUGUGCCUUGAUUAUGUUGAUAUUAUAAGUAACUUAUCUCAUUUAUUUUAAGGAAUAAUGUAAAGUAUUUAUUAUAAAACAACUUGUAUUUAUGCUUUAUUUUUAACAAAUUGUACUUAUGCUUUAACUAUAUCAUAAUGUAAUAAUCAUAAUGUAUGUUAUGUAUAUUUAAAUGUUAUUAAGUGUUGUUUAUAUAUGCAGUUAAUCUUAAAAAUAUUAUUAUACUUAAUAUUGUAAUUUUUUCAAAAAUAAUGGUUUGCAUUUCCAGUGUACUUGAUGUAGUUACAAAAUUACAAUAGCUACAAAAGUCGUACAAAUACUUCUAUAUUAUUUUUGAUAUGUGCCGACUAAGACUUGAGCUGACUAGCCAAAUAGUUAGUUGCAAAGAGGCCGACUUUGAUUGUGUCUAUAUGUUUCGUUUACUUGGUAUUGUUUUCUUAAUUUUCAUCCGCGUGCAUGAAUGCCGACCAAGGGUAGGAUUAUAUGAAUCAAAAGAAGAAUUCUGAAAAGAAGUCGUCGCGAGAACGUACGUGAAUAGUUACAGAGAGAGUAUGUAGCAAAAUGUUUCCAAAAUGAGGGAAAUACUGAACAUAAGAAAUCUCAAUUUGUAAUAUCUCUAUAGAUGUAAAAUUCAUGUAAUAUCAACCUCACUUGUUUUAUAGUUUUUAUUUUAUUAUUAAAAUACAAUGAAUUUUUUAUUCAUGUGCGUAAAAAUAUCGCGAAUUCUUUUUUAAUUUACGGUAGGAGUAGAUACUUGUCACAGGCAAUGACUUCAACUAUACAGCCUGUUCAUUUUAACUGUCAACUUAAACGUAAUUUAAAAAAUUAACUAUUAUAAUACUCAAUACUUUCUAAAUUAAAAAAAAAUUACUUUUGCUUGCUGAUAUGGCCGAGUAAGAGCUCCCGCUCACUUACAAUUCUUAGUUGGCCGACUAAAUCGCAGAAUGUAGUGUAGGUACUAACAGGUAUAGCAAUAUAUGACAGCCCGCACAUCUUCUCCAACUAAUAAAUUAGACACGAUCUUAUCAGAGCAUCGCAGCUCUGUGUGUCUCACUUCUGGUCAUGCACAAUUAAAAAGUUGUCCAACUAAACUGUAAGCGUUUGCAAUUUAGUUGUUUGAUAGUCGGCCAACUAAAAAUUGUAAGUGAGUGGGCACCCUAAGAAUACAGACAUUACUGAUAUUUUAUAUGGAAGUGAAAGAGCUGAAUUAAACUUUAGGAUGUAUUUUUCUUCCUUCAUACAUAAUAUUGUUUACAAAUUCAUAAGCAGACUAGUCAGUGCUAUUAGCUGACUAUGAUAGCAGCAGAGUCGGCACAUCUCUAAUUAUUAUUUAAGAAAAAGGGUGACAUUAAUUUAGAAAACUGUUGUGAUAAUUGCAAUUCACUUUUAUUAAAAUAGAACAUUCCAAAUUGAGUGAUUUUUAACCAGCCAAAACUUUGUUUUGUUUUACUGAAUCUACUUUAAGCACUCACCAUAGUGAUAAUGUUAAACCCACAUAAUGAUGGUUUGAUGGGUUUGAUGGGUAUCAGUUUCUAAACACUUUGUUUAAAGUGAAACUAUGUUAGCAUGUUUUUGAAAUUUAGUGUAUAAAAGAUUUAUAAACCUACAUUGUCACUAACUGUAUCAGAAAUUAAGUUCUAUAAGAAUAUAAAUACAUUGUGAUAAUUUUUAUUUAUUUUAAUAGUGUGAAUAAAAUUUUUAACCAA